UUGCGCGCGAACACAUACGGUUCGAUGUCGUACGAUAGACGUCGUACGAUUCUAACACACCUUUCCUUCGCUCGGUAUCCCCUGUAAAAUGUCUACAGUCCCCUUUUGCAGACUUCGUAAUGGCUUGUCGAUCGCACGAAUACUCAAUGGAAUGUGGCAAGUGUCUGGAUCCCAUGGUCAGAUCGACAUCGUGAGCGCCGUGAGAGAGAUGUUUGUAUAUUUUGAUACAGGACUAACGUCGUUUGACAUGGCCGACAUCUAUGGGCCUGCCGAGGAAAUCUUUGGCUCAUUUAUAACGGAUCUUAGGGCUGAAAGAGGGAAUGAAGCAGCCGCGAAAGUGCAAGCCCUGACCAAGUUUGUUCCCAGACCUGGAACAAUGACCAGAAAAAUUGUUGAGGCCAGCAUCCAGAAGUCCAUGAAACGCAUGGCUGUUGAUAAAUUGGACAUGGUUCAGUUUCACUGGUGGGACUACUCUGAUAAAAGGUACCUAGAUGCCCUUCUUCAUUUGAGUGAACUCCAGAGUGAGGGCAAAAUACAGGAAAUUUCUUUAACCAACUUUGACACUAACCGGAUGCAAGAGAUUACUGAUCAUGGUAUUAAGAUCUCCAGCAAUCAGAUCCAGUUUUCAUUGAUAGAUAGGAGAGCUAAUGAGAAAAUGGUCAAGUUUUGUCUAGAUCAUGGUAUCUCGUUACUAGCAUAUGGAACUAUUGCAGGAGGAUUUUUAACUAAAAGGUACUUAGGUAAACCAGAGCCUACAGCAGACCAGCUUAAUACAGCAUCCCUCAGGAAGUACAAGCAAAUGAUAGAUGCUUGGGGAGGAUGGAAAUUGUUCCAGGAACUCCUGUCAGAGCUAGAGAAAGUGGCCUCAACUCAUAAUGUAAGUAUGGCAAAUGUUGCGACAAGGUAUAUUCUUGAUCAGCCUGCCGUUGCAGGAGUCAUUAUAGGUUGUCGGUUUGGUGUACCUGAGGCAAAUCACAUCACAGAUAAUCUUAGAGCAUUUGAGUUUGAUCUCACUGAUUAUGACAUGCAAAAGUUAAAUAAGGUGGUUAGCAAAGGAUGUGAUUUGUUUGCAGCAACAGGGGAUUGUGGGGAUGAAUAUAGAUAGCAUAAAUAUUUAGAUUUAACAUUUGUGCUGUUAAUGUUUUCAUAUAUGUGUGUGUAUUCGCUAGCACUAACUAAUGUAAUUGCCUAAAAUACAAAGAAAACUAGAUAAAUUCCAUACCAAACAGAA